GGGGGCGGCGGCGCGGCCUCGGCAUGUGUGACUGGUGGCGCCCCCGAAGCCUCGGGCUGGAAAGGGUGCAAGAUGACCAACGAAGAGCCUCUUCCUAAAAAGGUCCGUCUGAGUGAAACAGAUUUCAAAGUUAUGGCACGGGAUGAGUUAAUUCUGAGAUGGAAACAAUAUGAAGCAUAUGUUCAAGCUUUGGAGGGAAAGUACACAGAUCUCAAUUCAAAUGAUGUGAAUGGCUUAAGGGAAUCUGAAGAAAAACUAAAGCAGCAACAGCAGGAGUUUGCACGCGGAGAAAACAUUCUUGUCAUGCGAUUAGCAACCAAGGAACAGGAGAUGCAAGAGUGUACUACUCAAAUCCAGUACCUCAAGCAAGUCCAGCAGCCCAGUGUUGCCCAACUGAGAUCAACAAUGGUAGACCCAGCCAUCAACUUGUUUUUCCUAAAAAUGAAAGGUGAACUGGAACAGACUAAAGACAAACUGGAACAAGCCCAAAAUGAACUGAGUGCCUGGAAGUUUACGCCUGAUAGCCAAACAGGCAAAAAGUUAAUGGCGAAGUGUCGAAUGCUUAUUCAGGAGAACCAAGAGCUUGGAAGGCAGCUGUCCCAGGGCCGUAUUGCACAGCUUGAAGCAGAGUUGGCUUUACAGAAGAAAUAUAGUGAGGAGCUUAAAAGCAGUCAGGAUGAACUGAAUGACUUCAUCAUUCAACUUGACGAAGAAGUAGAGGGUAUGCAGAGCACCAUUCUAGUUCUUCAGCAACAGCUAAAGGAGAUGCCACAGCAGUUGGCGAAGUACCAGCAACAGCAGUCUCAAGCUUCAGCUCCAAGUACCAGCAGGACUACAUCUUCUGAACCUGUAGAUCAGGCAGAGGCCACAAGCAAAGACUGCAGUCGUCUGGCAAAUGGACCAAGUAAUGGCAGUUCCUCCCGCCAGCGGACGUCUGGGUCUGGAUUUCACAGGGAGGGGAACACAACUGAGGAUGACUUUCCUUCUUCUUCAGGGAAUGGUAAUAAGGCCUCCAACAGCUCGGAGGAGAGAACUGGCAGAGGAGGUAGUAGUUCCAUAAACCCACUCAGUGCAGGCUAUGAAAGUGUAGACUCUCCCACGGGCAGUGAAAACUCUCUCACACAUCACUCAAAUGGUACAGACUCCAGUCAUGACCCUCAAGAGGAGAAAGCAGUGAGUGGGAAAGGUAACCGAACUGUGGGUUCCCGCCACAUUCAGAAUGGCUUGGACUCAAGUGUAAAUGUACAGGGUUCAGUUUUGUAA